CCUAGGGGCUAGGACAAGGGAGCAAGCCCUGAUAGACCUUUUUGUUACUAUGACUAAAAAACCCCCGCUAGGGUUUAAGAAGUUGUAGUUCUUUUCUUCAUCAAGUAGACGACGUCUCUAGUCUCCGACUCUCCAGCGACUGUUAUAGCCUAUUUAUGUUUACUUCCAUGGUUCCAACAAUGAAUCUCUGUGCUCUUAUUCCAUCUAUCCAACGCUAUCUUCAUCUUCAAAACCCUUUCUCUUUCUCUGUGUUCGGAGAUGGUUGGUUUUGAUCCCUCCACCGAAGACCUCUGCAAAGCUUCUCCCAAACUCUCCAAGCCAGUGAUCGCAGUCAACCCUCUUGCCACCGUGCUUGAUGAUUUCUUCCCACCAAUGGUCGUCGAGAAGUUUACGGAUUUUGAUUCUAUAGACGAUUGGGUUGUUGACUACGAUCCAGUUGAAAUGCCGAUUGGAGGAAACAACCAAUGUCCCAAUGGCUCUGUUACUAAUACGAGUGUUGAAGAAAUCCUCAAAGGAAUAGUUCCUGGAGGGUUGGAAGUUUUUGGUUCUCAAAUAGUGGAGGGAAUGAAGAAGGUUAGUUUUGUUGUUACUUCGGAGAGUUCUGAUCAAAUUUCUAUUCAGUCGCAAAACUUGGAGGAGUUGGAUGGAAAGGGAUCAGAUGAAUGUGUGGCUGUUGUUCACGACAGUGGCUCUGGUAUUAAUACGAGUGUUGAAGAAACCCUCAAAGGAACUGCUGAUGAAAAACCAUUUGUGGAAGGAGCAGUUCUUGGAGAGUUGGAGAUUUUUGGUUGUCAAAUAGAGGAGGAUAUGGACAAGGUUUGUUUGGUUGAUACUUCCGAGAGUUCUGAUCAAAUUUCUAUUAAGUCAGAAUUUGUUGUUACUUCGGAGGGUUCUGAUCAAAUUUCUACUCAGUCGGAAAACUUGGAAGAGUUGAAUGGUAAGGGAUCAGAUGAAUGUGUGGCAGUUGUUCAGGACAAUGGCUCUGGUAUUAAUACGAGUGUUGAAGGAACCCUCAAAGGAACUGCUGAUGAAAAACCAUUGGUGGAAGGAGCAGUUCCUGGAGAGUUGGAGCAUUUUGGUUCUCAAUUAGAGGAGGAAAUGGAGAAGGUUUGUUUGGUUGAUACUUCCGAGAGUUCUGACCAAAUUUCUAUUAAGUCGGAAAAUUUGGAAGUGUUGGAUGAAAAGGGAUCAGAUGAGUGUAGGGAAGUUGUUCAGAGUGUCACGGUAGGCGUCCACAAUGUCAUCGAAGAAACAGAAGUUGCUGUGAAUGGAGAGCUGGGGUUUAAGGUUUCUUUAGUCACUAAUCUGGAAAAGCCAGAGGCAAUGACUGGCGUGAGUGGCUCAGAGGGUGUAGAACUCAGUGAUGGGGAUGAGAAUGAUAGUAGUUCGGGGUCAGAGAGUGACAGUUCUUCCUCGUCAUCUUCAUCUUCUUCAAGCAGUGAAGAAGAGGAUGAAGAGGAAGAAGAGGAGGAUAAGAGAAACACGAUGGAAGUUGGAGAAAUUGAAGAAGGUGAAAUAAGGGAUCUUGAUAAGGGGAUUGCUGCUGAAAGUGAUGAUGAAGAAGGCGAGGGUGUACUGAGAGGACCCAUACGAUCAAAUAAUGAGCUUGAGAUUCUCCCUCCAGUUCCUCGUGUGGAUGUUGCCCUGGAACCUCAUCAUCAGACCUUGCCUGUUGGAGUUAUUUCAUCUAUUAUGGGAACAAAGGUUGUCGUGGAAGGGCUAGAGAAGCACAACCCCCUUAAUGAGGGUUCUAUCAUCUGGAUCACAGAGGCUAGGUUGCCGCUAGGGUUGGUAGAUGAGAUCUUUGGACCUGUCAAGAACCCUUAUUAUGUUGUACGGUACAAUUCAGAUGAGGAGGUUCCUGCUGGAAUACAUGAAGGGACCCUUGUGUCCUUUGUUGAGCCUUUUGCUAAUCAUGUCCUCAAUGACAAGAAUCUUUACAGAAAAGGUUAUGAUGCAUCUGGUGUGAAUGACGAAGAAUUAUCUGAUGAGGUUGAGUUCUCUGAUGAUGAAAAGGAGGCCGAGUACAGAAGAAUGCAGAGGAUGGCAAAACGAGCGACAGAUGAUCGUCAACGUGGGAACCAGGAUUUAGUGGACAGGAAGAAAUAUCAACAAAAGGGUGAAUUCCGGAAGAAAAUACACCCUUCAGCCCCUCCAGACUCACAACCUCCUGCUUAUGGCAGUCAGCCUCGAGGAAUUCUAAACCAACGACGUACACAUACAUCAUCUGUUGCUCAACAAAAAGGUGAAUUCUGGAAGAAAAUCCACCCUUCUGCUUGUGGCAAUCAGCCACAAGGAAUUCCAAACCAACACCAUACACAUUCGCCAUCUAUUGCAGCACCAGUUGAUUGUGGUGGUGGAAUUCCAAACCAACACCAUACACAUACACCAUCUGUUGCAGCACCAGGUGGUUGUGCUUGCUCCCAUAGCACUGGACCAGGCAGUGCCAGUAUGUCUGCAUUUGUUCCAUCUGUUUCACAAAUGGGGCAGGCUACCUAUUGUCCACCUCAGCAUUUGUUAGCAUUAAAUAAUGGUGUCUGGACGAACGGGAUGCAAUCUCAGCCGCAGCAGCAGCAGCAGCAGCAGCAUGCAAUCUUCCCAAAUAUUAAUGGGCUGCCUUCCCAGCAACAGAAUGCAUCCUUACCAUUUGGGCAGCAUUUCCAGCAUCCUCAUCCGUUCUUUAUGAAUUUGCCAAAUGGAAUGCCAAUUCAGCAGCAGUUUGAUCCUAGUCAGAUGCUACUGCAGAAUAUGACCUCGCCAUUUGGGCAGCCAAGUUUCUCAGCAAUGCCUCCACCAACACCUUGGACAGGGUUUGUAGGCCAAGCUGGAUUCAACCAGGCAACAUUUGGUAUGGGCUUCCCGGGUCAGUUUGGGCACGCCUCCAUGAAUUCUGGCGAGCAAGGAGUUAUGCCUAAUGGUCCAUGUAGUGAACAGAGCAAUGGAUUGCAGCCACCUGGUUUUACUCAAGGAGGUAUGGGCUUCCAGGGUCAGCUUGGGCACUCAUCCACAAAUUCUGGUGAGCAAAGAGUUAUGUCUAAUGGAUCAUGUAGUGAACAGAGCAAUGGAUUGCAACCCCCUGGUUUUACUCAAGGAAGCUUUGCAUCUCCCCAGAAAUUUCACCAGGGAAUGUCUUCGACUCGUGGGAGAAAUAUGUACCGGAGAGGUGGUAGUAAUUUUGUGCGUGGUAGAGGUCGGAGGCAAUCUGGUAUGGAGAAUGUUUGCAUGAAUGAUAUGAUGUAUACAAUGGAGUACGUUUGAAGCAUAAAGAGAAAAGUACAAGAGGUGGUAGACGAUUAAAGAGUUGGAUUGAAAAACAAGGAAAAAGAAAGAAAAGUGGAGGGCCAACUAAUAGUCAAUGGUUACAAGAAUAGUAACCAACUCCUACACAACUGAUGGAUAACACAUAUCCCAGUUACAUGUCACUUAUGGAUUCUAUUUCCCAUAUAUUAUCUCAAGCAUCUGCAGCUCAUCAAUCAUUGGAUGAAGAUUAUAUUUAGAUUCAGCUAAUGAGGACCAUUAUUUUUUUGCUAUUAAGUACAUUCAGUUAAUGUCAUGGCUUAUUUUUGUGCAAUUAAAACACACAGUUUCAUUGGAUCAUUAUUUUUGUGCUUGCCAAUACAUCCAGGAUUCUAAGUAUUUUUAUUGAUUUUUAGCCUCUUAUGUACUAACAAUCUUUUUUUUGUAGGUAAGGAGCCUUUAGCUCAAAAUGGUAGAGCACCUGGGUUAGUGCCCAGGUUAUGGUGGUUCGAAUCCACCAGGACUUUGAAAAGUGAACGAAUGUGUUCGACGUUGACUAUUACUGCUGUCAUGUGUUUCUACUGGUUUUUCCAAUGGUUGGGCUUCCUUUUUUUUUUUUUCUCUCUGGUGAUGUAAUUGCAUUCGUCAAGGUUUUUCAGUUAUGGGUUUGAGAGAGUUUGGUUGGAAUAUUUUUGGGCGAGAUAACAGGGCAUAUAGACUUUUUCAGUUUUGGGUUUGAAAUUACAUUUUUCAAGGAUUUUCAGUUCAGUUCUGCUGGUUUAAAUGAUUUUUUUGGCUUUUGGGCAAAUUUCAGUUCAGUUCUGCUAGCUUCAUUUUCAGUUCUGGGUAUGUAUUCAACUGUGUGGCAAAUUGGAAUAGAAUCAACUGGGUAGUUAUGUUAACUGUCAUGAUUUAUGCUAACAAAUUGGAAUAGAGUGUUGGAUAUUCAUUUUAGUUAAUUUUCUGAUAAGUAUUAGUAAUAUCUGUGUUCGGUUCAGUUGUUUCACUUACCUUUUCUUGUGUGGUUGAGGUGCUGCUCAUGACACCGACUACCCCAACAGAUCGAAUGACAGAUAUUGUUGAAGCUUCAGGAGGAUUUGUUUACCUUGUAAGAUGCUUUCUCCUACUGAUAAACUUUACAUACUUGUUCAUGCUUGUUCCUUGGUUAACUUGCAUGUUUUAAUGGCUGAAUUUUUUUUACAAUGUAUUCGUAUUUCGCUAUUCCACCUCAGCUCUCACCGGAAAAUUUUAAAAUUCCGGUGAGAAAGCUAUGUAUAUUGAUAUAGGACCCUCUCCAUCUUUCUAUUGUGUUCCAAAAUUGAUUUUUUGGAGCUGAAUUCUGAAGAAGAAGAAGAAGAGUUCAUCAGGGUGGAGUAAGCCCUCCAAUUGAAUGAGUUAUAUAAUUGGCCGGCCUUUUUAAUGUAUAUAGAUGUUUACAGGAUCUAAGGCUUUUAGUGUUUCUACUUGGCUCUACCUUGUUAAUUUAGGUAUCAUAGUCUAGUAAUGUAAACAGAUUGUUUCACAGGUGACGAGAUCAGUUACUGAGACUUGAAAUCUGUUUUCUCUUGUAAUGUCUUCCUUGUCAUUGUAGUGGAUAUGAAAUCCCAUGUAAGAUUAUUCAGAGCUGGAAACUUGGUUCUGUUAUGUUC